GUAUUCGACAGUUAGUCGACGCCGGUCAGCCGUUUCGAGAAGAGGCUGAGCAACUUUGAACUACAUUCUACAGAGUACGGUUGAACAUAGACACUAUCGGAAGUAGUGCGUGCGCGCGAUACCGACGUCAUCGUCUUUGAUAAAAUACUUACAACUUAGUACAGCAGCAGUGUUAUGGGUGUGCAGCAGUUGCGGCAUACAAUAUGCUAAUUGGAAUCGAGAAUCUAUAAACCGAAUGUGCAUCGUUAAUUACGUCGGCGUGAGAUUCAGCAAGCCUGAUUAAGAUUCGAUCGUAGUAAACAAAGUGUGGCGGCAGUAUGGCGAGGUUUGCGGCUACAAAGCGGAGAAGGUGGUCAACAACGCCAACUUGGAUGUCACCCGUUGUCGCUUUGAUUGUUUUGAUUAUUCAAAUGCGGCCCGGCAGUGCAGUGUUGAAAGAAAACGAUGCAUGUCGGCACAGUGGCGAGGAAGGUAUCUGUCGACGGUAUUCUGCCUGCAAAGAUCGCUUGCAAAACCGGAUCACAAUUUGCAGCUACACCUCGCAGGAGGCUAUCGUGUGCUGUCCUGAAGUUCGCCUCACAGACAAUCGUUAUGAUCCCGACGAUCAACGACCCGUGUGGGGACAACAGCAACCACAAAGUACUAGCGGUAAUGACCGGAAUGUUCGGAUAGCUGUCAAAAAAUGCAACGAGUACCGAAAGCUAUCGUACAAUCGGGUGACGCUCAGCGCGUUGACCCUAACGCCUACGGUGGUGACCUACGAGGUUCCCAAGUGUGACAACAUCGUCAAGCUGAUCGUAGGUGGAAAUAUCACCAAACCGGGCGAGUUUCCACACAUGGCGGCUAUCGGUUGGCGUCGCGGCGGCAUCACAUCCUUUGACUGCGGAGGAUCGCUCAUCAGCGACCAGUAUGUGCUGACGGCAGCGCAUUGCUACACGGAAGUCGAUGGAGAGCUGCCCAGCUUCGUCCGUCUGGGCGAUCAGAAUCUGUUCCGAGAAGACGACGGAGCAAAACCGAAGGACAUGGAUAUUGCCGACUUCAUUCGUCAUCCGGAAUUCAUACGGAAUCAAGGUUUAUACAACGACAUUGGAUUGAUUCGUUUGGCGAGGGCUGUGUCUUUCAGUAACUUCAUCAGACCUGCCUGUUUGUACGACCAGGUGCAGGUUAGUGCGGAUACAGCCGUAGCCACUGGGUUCGGACUCACAGAUGACCACGGCGAACGAUCGGACGAGCUGUUAAAGGUGUCGUUGAACAUCUACGACAAUCAACUGUGUAGCCGGGGUUAUGCCAAUAGUAGACAGCUGCGCAAGGGUAUCAUGUCCAGUCAGUUGUGCGUGGGGAACGUCGGAGGUGGGCGAGACACUUGCCAGGGUGAUUCGGGAGGGCCUCUGCAGAUAACAAAGCAGGAGAAUCACUGCGUCUUUUACGUUAUUGGCAUUACCUCGUUCGGGCAGACAUGCGGGUCUCCAGUGCCAGCGAUCUACACCCGCGUCGCGUCUUAUUUAGACUGGAUAGAGUCCACCGUGUGGGAGUGACAAUAAAUAUCGUGCUUUUUUAGAUAAUUUGUUUUGCUUUUCCGAAGGUCCUUUUUAUUUAUUCACUUGUUUCAUCUUUUGAACGAUAAAUGCUGGGCAUUGGUAAAUGAUACUUUGUGUACCUGAAGGAAAGAACUGUCAAAUUUGUGUGACUGCCAGUGAGGGACUCUAAGCAAAGCUAUGCACUAUUAUUAUGUUUUUUUUCUUAUUAUUUUAGUAAUAAACGCCUCCGGUAGGGUAAAUAACA